AUGGGCGCAAUCCUAUUCACCGAUAAAAUUCUAAGAGUAAGGUUAUCGAAGGGGUUCGACAAGCCAACUGACAUGAAGUAUGACGGCACCAAAGACCUGCAAGAGCACAUAAUGGACUUUGAGGCCAAGAUGAACCUAGAAGGAGUAGUCGAUGCUGUCCAAUGCUGGGCCUUCCCGGUAACCUUAGUCGGUUCGGCUAUCAAGUGGUUCAAUGCACUCCCGAACGGUUCAAUAUCAUGCUUCGACGACAUCUCCCAAAAAUUCCUGGCACAAUUCACCACACACAUAGCCAAAGUAAAGCACCUGAUUAGCCUACUUGGCAUAACACAAUGCCCAGAAGAGUCCACCAGGAAGUACUUAGACGGAUUCAACAAUGAGUGCCUAACCAUCGAUGGUUUAACAGACUCAAUAGCUAGCCUAUACCUAAAUAACGGGCUCAUGAACCAGGACUUCAGGAAACACCUCACAACCAAACAAGUCUGGACGAUGCACGAAAUCCAGAAUGUGGGAAGGGAGUACAUAAAUGACAAAGAAGUGAGCCAAAUUGUGGCGGCCAAUAAACGGCACCACGGCAACAUGGCACCACAAACCAACCCCCCACAAAAAGAACCGAACAAAGAUCAGCCGAGACUUCCUGUCCACAAUCGAACACCACGGGUGGGAAAAUUCACCAAUGACACCCUUAUACCGGUCCCAAUCAUCGAAAUUUACCACCAGAUAGCAGAAACGGACGUACUUUCCAAGGCCAGACAACUAAAAGAAUGCACAGGUGGCAACAAAAUCCUGUACUAUAAUUAUCACAAAGGAUACGGUCAUAGGACCCAAGACUAUUUCAACCUUAAGGACACACUCGAACAAGCCAUCCGAGACGGUAAACUCCCCAAGUUCUCCAAGAAUAGCAUGGCCAAGGAAGACGCCCCUUACGUCAUUUUGGCCAAAGUUGGAACAGGUAUAGUUAAAUGGAUAUUAGUAGACACAGGAGCAGACUCAAACAUCCUCUUCAAAGGGGCCUUCGACAAACUCGACCUCCGAAACGAGGACUUGCAGAACCACUUUAACAGGAUAACUGUCUAG